CUGCCACACUGCAAUAUGCGCUGUCAGCUGUUUCGGCUGUGUGACGUCAGUGUGUUAGUGACAUCGCUCGGUUCUGUUGACGCCGCGUUCGCUUGCAACCUGUUGCUAUGACAACCAUCGACGCAUCGUUGAUGGUGUUCGGGGAAACGGCAGCAAUAUGCGAGCGCGUGGAUCGCAACGUAAACAACGAAACAGUGCGCUGCUCAUAAUUUGUUGGCGAAGAAAACGACAUUUUAGUGGCCGGGUGUGGAUAAAUUGCCACUAAAAACGCUUGCUUUGCGGUGGUGCCUAUAAUAGUGACGUGAGCCCUAAGCGCUGGAACCGGGGAUGGAAGUUAAUGCGGGCAAUUACGGCGAGCGGCACGGUGGUAAAGCGAGCUUUAAAUUCAAUUCCACAAACGAUGGGGUGUUGCUCAACCUUCACCAUACCGUCCGGAACACAGCCGAUGGGACGGUACUGCGAAUACGCUUUACGGCCGCAGGAUUUAGUGCGAACAACGAACGAUUGAUUGCGGCAGAUCAUAGGGACAAUAUAUUUGUGUUUGAUUUGGUUGGUCAGCGGUUUUGGACGGUUUCGGAGCGGCUCGGAAGGAUAACGAUUAUCGAAGGACUCGCUGGCCCGCACCUCGUUGCCUUUGGAAGCAAGGAAGGAAUGGUGUUUAUUGUUGAUACCGAUGCAAACAAUUGCGUACGAAAGCUUAAUGCGCACCCGGGAAGGAUCGUACAGCUGACAAGCUCACCGCUGGUUGGUGUAGUGCCAUCCGCCAACGCGCCAGUUGAUGCGAUGGAACGAUUUGAGCGUCGCUAUCUGCUGGCCGCUUCGCCGGACAGUGCAAAACUCUACUCGCUCGACGAUUUCUCCGAACUGUCACGCAUUAGUUACGGUUUGGCAUCUCAUAAUUCAUUCCGUCCGAACGAUUGGCACUGGUUGAGCAGCAGCAGCAGCGCCAGCAACCCGGGCUCAUCACUGAUUAGCCACAGCACUAGCGGGAUUAUCCGAGUGUACCGGAUAAACUUCAAGCUUGCGAAAGAGCUAAACGUCACGCGGCUUAUCGAGCUGCACCUUAAGAACACACCGGCCCAAACUAUCACGUUCGAACGGCCAGCCAGAUCAUCCGGCAGCACGCUGGAGCACGAUGGUGCCGAGCUUACCGUGAAGCGGCUGACGGAGGGCACGGCUAUGCCCGGGAGGCGCAUCACAACCGCACAGCCUACCGGCGACGGCCAAUACUAUGCAGUGCUGUACGGGCACAGUACCGUCGCGUUUCUAGCACUCGAUUCGUGGCUCAUCUGUCGGGUAGUGGCACUUUCCAAUUUGUUUAUCACACAUUUUGCAUUCGUACCGUUCGACCGCAGCAGCGAUAUCGGUGCCGGUCGCGUACGGUGGCCGGCGACGGUUGCCUGUGCGCUUACCGUACGGUCCGCUGACAAUGAUUUAAUGCUGCUAAAAUUCGGUUGCAACGGUAGUAAUCCGCCCUUUCUUCAACCACUAACGAAUCGGGCCGAACAUAAUUGCUAUAAAUUUCGGGUCGCUCCCAACGGACGCAUGCUGGCAAACGUUCUCAGCAGCGGUGAGGUGUUGCUACACAACCUCCUGGAUUUGGUUCAGGCGGACGGUUUCGAUGCGCUUGCAACCGGCCGGAAAGAGCAUUCCAAAAGAUCGCGUACACUUUACGGUGCAAGGGGAGCCACGGUACGGCCGGAUAGUACGGCGUCCAGGAGCAGCAGCAGCAGCAGCGCAGUUCCCGUGUGCGGUCUCCGUAAUGCUGCUGCAACGUCCGGUGUGCGUAAAGUGAAGCUUGACCAGCAAAUAAGUGCCUUGCACGUGCAGCUAUCGAAAACACUUCCGAGGGACCGAUUGCUACCGAUACUGAAGGAGUACGGCGAAUAUCCGGCCAAAUACCGACCGACCAUUUGGCGCACGCUGCUGGAGCUGCCGGGCGAUGCGGAAAGCUACGGCCGGUUGCUGCACCGCGGUCACCAUCCGUGUGUGGCCAGCUACGGGCAACGGUUUGCCGGGUACGAGCAGCGUACCGUGCGUAAUCUAAAGAAAACCGUUUCCUGCCUAGCGCACUGGUGUCCCGUGUUUGGGCUUAUCGAUUACAUGCCCAGCUUUGUGCUACCGUUCGCCCGCCAGCAGCCGAACGAUGCGCUCGGGCUGUUCGAAACCGUGGCCACCGUGCUGGUGAACCAGUGUCAGCUAUGGUUCGAGUUUGCCCCACUGGACCCAUUCAACUACCUGGCGCUGGUGGAGAACGUGCUGGCCGAGUGUGAACCACGGCUGAUGGCGUUCUAUCGCGAGCACAAUGUAGCGUCGCGCACGUACGUGCUACCGCUGAUGGAGACGGCAUUUGCCCGGUGCUGCAGCGACGACCAAUGGCUUACCCUGUGGGACCACGUGCUGUCGAACGAGCCGUACUUUCUGGUGUUUCUCAUCGCCGCCUACAGUAGCAUCCACCGGGGCACGCUAAUGGCUGCGAAUGGUGCGGCAGCUGUAGACACAUUUUUCUUCCCCCAGUCGGGCACGCUCGAUGUACGUCGGCUGGUGCGCCGUGCACAUGAGCUAAUGGAACGGUGCUCCGAUAAAAACCAUCCAAGGAAUUACUUUAAAUCCUUCGUACGCCUUAGCAAUGCCACCGGUGGAGGAGCGCUAGCCCUGCGAACGCACCAUGACCAGUGGCACCGUCCAACGGCCAACGGGAAGUCGAGAGUUUUUCACAGCGCGCCUAAUAAUGCUAUUGAUUUCACGUCACUCAGCAGUAAUUCAUCAACGGACCGGACGCCCUCGGUUGCAUCGGCCGACGCGUUGCCCAACGCGUCGGAACAGGGAUCCUCGACGUACGUAAGUUUUUGCAACUUUCCGCAAAAGCUGACCGAAGUCCGGUGCAGGGAAACGGACGCCCUGCACCAGGAACAGCGCCGGCUGGAAGCGAAAAUUAUCGAACUGGAAAAGCUGGAACACAACCUGCAGGACCGUAUGGUGAACAACUUGAUACGCCAGGAACAUGCGCAGCGUGUGAAGGAAGUGGAACGCAGCCUGGAGGAAGCAAUCGCACGCGAGGAGCAGCGGGUCGAAAUGCAGCGGAAAUUAUUGCUCCUGCACCGGAAGCAGCUGCGCGAGCGGGAGAACGAACUUUCGCUCGACGUGCACAAUGCCAAGCUCAUCAGCGAUGCGACCGUGCGGGAGCGCGAGCUUGAUGCGCUGUUGAAAAAGUUUGAGCGUGAGCGCCAGCGGGAAGAGACCGAUCUACUGUUCGCGGAAGAGGACAUCAAACUGAAGGAGCUGGAACUGUUGGCACGGUACAGCAGCGGCGUUGGCCAAGCGGCCGUGCCCAGGGAAACGACUUCCGAUGAACGUCCGCUCGAUCAGCGGUACCAGGUGGCGCUGGAACAGUUGGCAGUGCAGAAGCUAAAACUUUACGACGAAAUUGAUCGGACGUACUCAUCGCUGGGAAUGCCCUCGGGAGUGAAUGAGUAUACGUACCACCGUACGGUGUCGGAGCUGCGCAAGGUGGCGUCCGAUGCGAGCUGCGAUCGCUAUCCGGCGAGAAAGGAACCGGCCCGACAUUCGGAACCGGCCGAACGUCACCCGGUGCUGGUGAUGGAUGGCAAUUCCACGAGUCAGGAAUACGGAGAUACGAUACAGCGAAUGGAGGAGCAGGUGAACAUUUUGCAGCGGCUGAAACAAGAUAUGGAACGGAAAGGAAUCUGAAGAAUUGAGCGAAUAAUUUCUUGAUGUGCGGAGGUGCGAGUGUGUGCGUGUGUGUGUUUUGCGUUUUCUUAGAAUAAAUGCUAGCAAGCAAAAGUAAUGUGCAUUGAUUUUAACGA